AGCACUGGCAGUUCCCCCACACAUAGAUCGAAGAGCUCACUGAUUCCUGAAGCCUGCUGGAAUACAAAAAGCAAUAGAGACAAAAAGACAAAGAGGGGGCAAGAGACAUUCCUGACGACUGUGUCACUACACUUAAAGCCACCACCCCUCCCCACAUCCACUUCAUAGCCCAGACUUCAUCACAGAUACAGAUACACAGGGACAGAAGAAAGGACUUUAGAUCUGUUUAAAAUUACUCCCUUCAGAAAUGGGAGUGGACGUAGAACAAAUCCCACUGUUGCCACCUUGAUCCUGAUUUUCAGCUACCUGCUGCCUGUUCUUUGAAAGGAAAAGUAAGCAGACAUUAAGACCACCAAUUACUCAGCACCUCCACCAUGUUCCACCCAAAAGUACUUCUGCUUCCCCUCUUAUUCUUCCACCAUCUCCUGCUGUCUGUUGCAACAUGGCACAAAGACAACAUACCAGCUUUCAUACCACAAUCCACACUGAAGCUAGAGAAACCAAGCUUUUCAGCAAAGCCCCGUCUGGACUUAACAACUCUCUGUGAUGAAGAGUGUGCUAAGAGAGAGACCCAACCUACACCACAGGAUCUUGAAGAAAAUCUCUACUAUGAGACAGUUUAUGCUAAUGGCACUCGUACACUUACCACUGUGGCUAUAGAAAAUGUCAAUGAGACUGUGACAUCAUCAGACUGGCAUCCAAAUGUCAAAAAAAGGCGCAAACGUCAGAUUUAUGGACUGGAUGGAAGGUUUACCAUCCGAGGUAAGAGAUUUGUCUUGGACUACCCAUUUUCCACCACUGUGAAAAUAUCAACCGGAUGUACAGGAAUUCUUGUCUCUGAUCGUCAUAUCCUAACAGCAGCUCACUGCAUCCAUGAUGGCAAAGACUAUGUCAAGGGAGCCAAAAAGCUUAGGGUUGGUUUCUUGACUCCAGUCAAAAAUGCAACUCAGCCUGAUAGACUGGCAGUUCGAUGGGUCAGGGUGAAACGUACACAGGUGCCCAAAGGCUGGAUUAGAGGUCCUAAUGAUAUUAGCAUGGACUAUGACUAUGCAUUGCUUGAACUGCGCAAGCCACAUGACCGGCCUUUCAUGCUUCCUGCAGUAGCUCCAUCUGUGGAUGAUAUGGCAGGAAAGAGAAUCCAUUUUUCUGGAUUUGACAGUGAUCGUCCUGGUGAACUUGUUUACCGUUUCUGCAGUGUAGAAGAUGAGACUGUGCAUCUGAUUUACCAACACUGUGAUGCACGACCUGGUGCUAGUGGUUCUGGUGUUUAUGGCAGGGUAUGGGACCCAGAAUUGAAAAAGUGGCAAAGAAAAAUUAUUGGGAUAUUUUCCGGACACCAGUGGCUGGAGCUUAAUGGUGAACAUCGUGACUACAAUGUAGCUGUCCGUUUCAGUUCUUUGAAAUAUGCACAAAUCUGCUACUGGAUUAAAGGAAACCAUAAGGACUGUCAUACAAAAUAAAAUACUUAUGGUACAGUGUUUCCUGUGUUGUACGACAAAGAAUGUACUUUGAAAAAAAUGUAUUUUCAAACAUCAUCUCAAGCUACUUUUUAAAUUUUUUAACAUAUAAGCAGCACAUAUCAACAGUGCUUGAUACCCUAUGCACCUUUACUAGUAGGAAGACACUGAUGGUGUUGGACAGACUUCUGCUCCAGACACCAACCACACCAGAAUUGCACAUGACUGUCACUGAACAAAAAUCUGACAAAAUCUCUCCUGUAUCCUAGCAGAAGCUCAUCACUGACUGAUAAAACUGUAUAGAGUACUGACUCUUUUCCUCCCAGCUUCACACCAUUGGAAAAUAAUCAAGUUUUGACCUGAUUUUUCCACUAUUCAUGUUGGAACACAUAGUCAAAAUGGGCAGAAGAAUAUACUUACUGUGAAAGAAGCAUCUCAUUUGAAAUAAAAUGAGGUGUGCACUCCUCCAACAUAUACCUAAUAGAAAUAAAGUCUAGAAAAAAGACAGUCUAAGCCCUUUCCCCAGUAAAAGCAGACAAUGUGGAACGGAAAUCUUGAUUCCCAGUCCAGGCAAGAUAAUAUAGUUAUUGUUGGUCAGCUACCCCUUCCAAAUAUUAUCAUCUACACACCUACCCUCAUAUAUGCACAUAAUGAAGUCUAUAAAAUCAGACUUUCUGUCCACAUAGAGGCAUGCUGUUAGGGCUACUAUUUCUAACCUGUCUUUGGACAACAUUGUAACCUUCUCUCUUUACAGCCAAACAGUAUGUUAUCAGACAAGCCAGAAAAAUAAAUGCAUAUCAUAGAAUAAAUAGAAUGUACAAGGCAACUGGUUCAUGUGGCCAUUUAUACCUUGCCAGCACCCACCUUUCAACCUUACCUCCUUUUUCAAGGAGCGAUAGGGAACGGGUGAAUUUACAAAUCCCCAUCCAAUUGUCUACUUCCUUUUUGAAGGAAAAUAGUAUGUCACAUUGCUUGAUCUGGAGAAGAUCAGCUCUCCUACAAAACAUUUGUAUAAUGUUGGCAGUAUGUAGUCCGCAGUCCCCCCUAACAUGAACACAAGCAGGCCUAUGUAGAACUUGGGCUCUCCCUCAUUAUCUACUCAUGUAAAAGUCUGACAGCUUAAACUAAGCUCUCACACCCACCCCUAUACACAAGCAACAACAAUAGCAUAAGUUAGCAUAUUAUCACACCAUAAACACAAAGCACAGAAGGCUCAGUGUACAAAGACGAGUUAAGGUCAAAACAACAAACAUGUCAACAAACAACCAUCUGAAGUCAACAUGAGUUGGUUGUUCAUUGAUACUAUCACACCAUAUUUGCUUAAGAGGAGCACACCAAUAGGGCUACUUAAAUUAUUUUCCCUUCCCAAGAAUAAAACAAAUGAUUGCAUUUGGACAUAAUUAGACCACGAUUAAACUGUGACUCAUUCUCCAACUCCCAAAGUAUGCAUGUGUUUUUUCAGAAGACCAGAAUUAUAACUGCCCUUUACAAACCCCAGUGCAACAUUGUGAACUGCCUGCCUGAUUUUCUGUUGUUGUCCUCACGUAGAAGCAAACCAACAAAUAAAUAAAUAACAGGUAUAAUAUUGCCCCAGUCCCAUUCAUUUGACCAUUUUGGGGACUGGAUAAUGUUGUACUCCAUGUCUACAAAACUCUAGUUCAUCUUCAUGCAGGAACACAUAACUGGGAAAGGCCAGAGCUGCCAUACUAUCCCAGCUUUCUUGUGCAUGCAUACAUAUAUGUAAGUAAUAAGGCAUGAAGGGGUGUGCAUUGCACAGAUAUUACCAUAAUCCUAAGGGAGUUGUGAGGAAACAGCUAUUUUCUUGGAGUGUAGUAAUGUCUGCACAGUGGACACACACACACUCAUACACUUGAGUGCUUUGUUGCAUUUAUAAAAUGGGAAUCUAUAUUUUUAUAUACAUUGUAAGUUUAAAUAAGCAAGUUUAAGUAACAGAAUCAUUUAUUUGAUAUUGUAUUUUGAUGUAAAAUAGUCAUUCCACAAAAAAACUAACGUUUUUAAGACAGUAAAAACAUCUUUUUCUCCAGACUUUAAAUAAGACUGCUGCUGCAUUCAUGGUAUUGUCUAAAGAAAUUGAUAUUUUGAAGGUUUUACAUCAAAAUACCAGAAACUGCUAAAUUUGAUUAAUGUAUUUAUGAAAUAAAAUGUAUUUGUGCAAGUUUAGCAGUUGUAAAUAUUUCCCAGUACUGUUCAAGAUAGUAAUACCAGUUGAAUAGCACAGGAAGCUGUGUCUUCAGCAAUCUAAGUUUGGAAAUUAUUGUUCCAUCUUUUUUUGAAAGACUAGACAUAUAGCAAAGAGGGUUAUGACUAUAACCUGCUAACGAGCUUUAUUUUAAAGUCAUUGGUUGGAUUCUCUGUCUCCUACCAGUUAAUGUUCCUGGGUUACCCUUGAAAAAGGGCACUUGUGUCUUGUAAGUCUUUUGCUGUUAAAGUGCAUAAAGUAUUAAAUGCAGGCUUAUAAUGUUAACAGUUAGCAACAAUUUUAUGCUAAACUUUCAUAAAACUCAUCAUCUUAGUCCACCUGAAUGAAAGAAAAAAUGCAUUCAAUACAAUAAGCCCACAUUGAAAGCAACUGUAUUGUUAGGCUUCUUAAUGAAGUGUAAACACAAACACUGAACCAUUACCAACAGUACUGAUAAAAUAUAUACAUUACUGUAAAAAAGGCAUUUUUGCAGGGGGCAAUCCCCCUGCACCCCUGUACCACUGCUACUGUAAUGUAAAUUAACUCUACGAUUGCUGUAUCUUAGGGAAAACUGAACCCCUUGGGAUAACAGAAUCUUGAUCUCUAAAUAAAAUUCCUGGUAUUACAAUA